AUGUCUGGUCCCAAUACAGACGGCACUGCAACGAUACCUCCAAUAGCUGGCAACUUGGACCAAGGCAAAGUCAAGACGACCAAAGCGUCGAGGGUCACCUCGCUAUGCGUCGGCCUUCUUCUCUGUACUAAUCUCGCUAUCGUUGUGCUACUCGGUCUUCUUUUUGGAAAGAUCUCUAAGAUUUAUUCUCUGCUAGAUGAUGGUCCUGUGAAGGCUCUCAUUAUUAAUGCCCGGGAUCCGAUUUCUGUUUCUGUGGCCAAUGCGAAUCCCAUUUCCGUUUCAGUCCCCAGUCCUGUUUCGGUCGCCGAUCUCGAUCCGGUCCGGGUUACUGUUGUCCGUUAA